CCAAAACUAACGAGUUUGGAAAAAUUCUCAACAGACUGGAAUUUUAUGCUGCGAUGCAUUCAGAUUGUAGUCUUCUGCUUGACUGCCACUACUUGAAAACGCAAAUCAUCCUCGUCUGCCUUCUUCUGACUCUGAAACAAAUCACGGCCAUUGACUGUUCGUACUCUGCAGUCCUGAAAGGCGAUUUCUGUUUCGAGCCCGGUGACCAUGUGACAGAAGAGGGAUGCAGACGACUUAGCGAAGAGUGUUGCGUUCAUAUAAAAAACAAAGUAAAAUUUAAAUGCUUUAGAACCAAAGAAAAACAGCCCCAUAAAGGAGGCUGCAGCAAAGUUUCAUUAGUAGAAAGAAGACCACUUAUGAACCAGUUUUUGGAAGGUGACGUUCUUCUGGAGUUCAGGGUUGUCUCUGAACUCCAUUGCUGGGACCACUGCAUACGGUAUAACUAUUGCAAAGCAUACAAUUAUCAUCAGACCAGUGACCCGUCGUUAGAAAACUGUCAGUUGUUAAAAAGUGAUAUUGGUCUGUUAAAAGCCAGAGAGGGUCACACAUAUUACGUUAUACCCGAGCAAAACAAGGAUUCACAGUUAUAUCUUAUUUCUCAGAAUUUGCUGGGAAGUACGUGUCGCUAAAGAAUGCACCGAAAUCCUCUCGAGAUUCAUACUGACAAUGGACUUGACUGACGGAUUGACAACAUAAAGAGGACUUUAAGAAGUUAACGAUGUGAAAACGCAACGCCUCUUUAAAGGGAAAGUUACGUGACAUACAUAGAAACGGCUGCGAAGGAGACUUCGAUAAAGCGUGGAGCCUCAGGAACAAGCAAAAGAUAACAUGAUUCGAGGAAGCUCGCCCAGACACGCAUAAAGUCUUUCUCUCAGAAUAAUUAUCAAAAGACCAACUUAAAUCCAAACAUCCAUAUUUUCCUCUACAGGUGAUAAAGAGAUUUUCUAGGAUCAGUAUCAGUGUCUGGGUAACGGCCCACCUACCCCUCCCUUAACCCAACAUUCACCCUAGCUUGUUAUCAGUUGACUGUUGUU